GCGACUCUUUCAAACUAGUGGAUAUGCUCAACUCGCUCAGGACUUUCACCAGGACUGAACCAAACUUUAGUUUGCAAUUAUUAUUUUAUAAAACCCGAAUAAAUAUUUAGUACUUGUCCUUAAGCGAAUAUGGGAAGAGAAAACACUGUUUUGCUCAUCAUCUGGAUGUAUUUUUUGAGUCUUUCUUCCAGUUUUUCAACCACAAUUGCUCCAACAGUGGAAACAAGCGCAUUCAGCAACAUCACAACCAACUCUACAGACUGGAUGAUGGACUUCAGCGACAUUGAGUCCAAAUUUGCUCUGAGAACAAUCGAGGAACCAGAGGAAGAUCUAUGCUACAUCGCUCCUGGCCAGCAGGACACCAUUAAAGAGUGCAAUUUCAAUCCAGACACCAAGACUUUUAUAGUCAUUCAUGGCUGGACGGUUACUGGCAUGUAUGAGAGCUGGGUUUCCAAACUGGUGACGGCGCUGUAUGAACGCGAGCCAACGGCCAACGUCAUUGUGGUAGACUGGCUGGACCGGGCACAGCAACAUUACCCAACCUCAGCUGCCUACACCAAGCCGGUGGGCCGGGAUGUGGCCAAGUUUGUCAACUGGCUACAGGCCGAGCUGGAGUAUCCAUGGGAGAAGCUUCACUUCCUGGGCUACAGUUUGGGUGCUCAUGUAGCUGGCAUCGCAGGACUCCUCACAAAGAACAAAGUCAGCAGGAUCACAGGCAUGGAUCCAGCUGGCCCAAGCUUUGAGUAUGCUGACGCCCAGAGCACGCUGUCCCCAGAUGAUGCCCAGUUUGUUGACGUACUCCACACCAACACACGUGGCUCUCCAGACCGCAGCAUCGGCAUCCAGAGGCCCGUGGGCCACGUGGACAUCUACCCCAACGGAGGGACGUUCCAGCCAGGGUGUGAUCUGCAGAACACCAUGAUGAUGGUGGCUACUUCAGGGUUGAGAAACAUGGACCAGAUUGUGAAAUGUUCCCAUGAGCGCUCCAUCCACCUCUUCAUUGACUCCCUGGUCAACAUGAAACAGCAAAGCAUGGCGUACCGCUGUAGCUCCAAGGAGACCUUCAAUAAGGGUGUAUGUCUGAGCUGCCGCAAGAACCGCUGCAACAAGGUGGGCUACGAAGUCAACAAGGUGCGCAGCCGCCGCAGCAGCAAGAUGUAUACGAAGACCAGAGAGAUGAUGCCCUACAAAGUUUUCCACUACCAAGUUAAAGUCCACUUCUUCAGCAACAGCAAAAUAAGCUAUACAGAUCAGCCCAUGAAGAUUUCCCUGUAUGGCUAUUCUGGGGAGAAGGAGAACAUCCCCUACAUUAUGCCUGCUUUGAAAACCAACACCACCAUCUCUUUCUUACUCACCACGGAUGUAGACAUUGGUGAGCUGCUGAUGGUGAAGCUGCUCUGGGAGAAGGACACCAUCCUCAGUUGGCCCUGGUGGAAUCCAGACACUUUCCACAUUCGCAAGCUGCGUGUCAAAUCUGGGGAAACACAGUCCAGAGUGAUCUUCAUUGCCAAGGAAGGUGAGUUUGCCUACCUCACCCGUGGAGGGGAAGCUUCCAUGUUUGUGAAAGACAAAGAAGCUCAGUCAAGCCACAAAAAUAAAAGAUUGCACAAGUUGAAGAUGCAUGGCAGCUCAUUCAAAAAUACUGCCAUAGAUGCUUAGAGAUGCCCUCCCAUUGCCACCAUUUUCCCGGAAACUGAGAGGAACCUGCUGAAACCAGCCUGGGAGCGAGACGGUGCAGUUUCUGUACAUUCUGAUCCGAGCAAGUUAGCUCAGAUAGUAGCAUUUAUGUGACCUUCACCCAUAAGCACAUCCUGUAAGGAAUUCUACUUGCGAUAACCUUUAACUGCUGAGCAGUUUAAAUAAAAACACCUAACUUCUGAUUACUGCUCAGUAUUAUCGAUUAGUUGAACUUUAUCUGAGGUCACUGACGCUCAGAGUAGAGCCAGAACUUGAUGUGACUGGAGCCUAACCACUUCUUAUUGGCUGUAAAUAGGCAUGUGACUGUGAUAAAAUUGGACCAUUCAACAAAUAUCAUGAAGGAAAUGCUGCUGAGGUUUCUUUAUAGUUGACAAAGCUGACCAAUGAGACCAGCAAAGAUGUUAGUGAUGGGCAAUAAUGAUAGGAAAAUCAUGCACAUGCCUAGAUGCUUAAUAUUUCUUUAAAUGAAAGAUAAGAAGUCCUUUAUUGUUAUGCAAUAUAUAUGUGCGUAUAUGUAAGUAAACUCUUACACUGUUAUAAUGUGUGUAUUGAAUUUCUGUCAGCGUUGGUCAAACCGAGGCGAAAGGAAUAAACAAUGUAAGGCAAAGUGGGCGUUAUAUGGGAUUGCAUUCAGCUCACAGGGGCACCAUAUGCCUAACUGACUGACUGAUUGACCCAUUGACUGACUGAUUGACUCAGUGAGCGACUGACUGACUGAUUGACUCACUGACUGACUGGCCAAUUGAUUUGCUGACUGACUGAUUAACUUACUGAUUCAUUCACCGAGUCACUGUCGGAUUGACUCACUGACUGACUAGCUCUGAAGGUAAAACCACCUGAUGAAGGGAAAUCAAAUAUGUUUAUGACCCUGUUUAUCUGCCUACAUAGCAAUCAACCACUGAGUGUCCUUGAUCACAGUGACGUGCUUGACAUUGCCAUGUUCAGGUAGUUUAUAAUGCCGUGACGGUAGGCUUUGUGUAUAAGAUGUCAUGGUGAAAUUUUAUAGAGUAUAAAAGAUGCACAACACUCAAAAUCUCUUUCAAACACUGAAGCCAACUAAAACCUAUUCAUUACCUAUCAGAUACACUUAAUGGUGUAGGCAUGUUGACCACUUGCUAGCAUGGGACCAAAUAUUCUCUUAGCUGAAUCUAUAUACAGAAAUGAUCAGUGUAAAUAUGUUUAAUUGUUCUAUAUUUGGAGAUGUGCAAGUUUAAGUUGUUUUUGUGUCCAUGUUUGAGUUACUGUGUUUGGCACAGGUCACUUUAUAGGCUUGGAUUAGUUUCCUGUUUGAUCCAUUCAUCACUUAAUGUCACAAUCAGAUGUUUUCAUUCAUUUUAUCACUUGUUCACAAUUCAAUCAAAAGAUCACUCAAGACCUAAAAUGUAUUUAUCUAAACUGUUUGAGGCAUGCAAAAGUUUAGGUUUUGAUUGAUUAAUCAUACACUUAAUAUUGCCUCAUAAUGCGAUCAUCUGCCAGAUUGUUGAGAAUUAAAGGAAUUCUGAACAUGCUUCUGAACACUUCCUGAUUGUGACUUAUAUAGGUAAACUAUACAGAAUUCAUUAGCUGUGCUGUUAUAGUUCCCAGCAUGCACCAGAAACCUAGUCCUGAGGAAAUCAUAAAUUAAAUAGACCUCAUGAAGAUGAAUUUCCUCCAUAAGAGCUAUAAAUACAACAGGAUUAUUUAUUAAUUGUAUAUAUUUGUACAUUAGCCUUGUUUAAACAAUGUAUACCCUUGAGAUCAUUCAUCAUAUUAAUAUGCAAUGCACUGCAUAAGUAUAUUUUAAUAAAGAGUAUGUUGCCUUAAAA